ACACCACGCGACAGGGACUGACAAGAUGGCGAUCAUUUUGGAAACAGAGGAGUUACUGCCGUGAAGGAGAGGCUCGAAGCCACGAUGCCCUGGGAGGGUACCAUUUCUCAGCUCGCCAUGGUCACCAUGGUGAUAUGAAGCCAGUGUGAAACGCUGAAACACAUACACAUACAGACUCACACGCAGCCGGUCAGUUAUUGACUGACACAGCCAGCCAGCCAGCUCGGCAGGCAGGCGUGUGUAAUGGACAGGUGUAAGCAUGUGGGGCGGCUGCGGCUGGCCCCAGACCACUCCAUCCUCAACCCACAGAAGUGGCACUGCGUGGACUGCAACACCAGCGAGUCAAUAUGGGCCUGCCUGGGCUGUGCUCAUGUGGCGUGCGGGCGCUACAUCGAGGAACAUGCUCUGCAGCACUUCCAGCAGCAGCACCACCCAUUGGCUAUGGAGGUUAAUGAACUUUACGUUUUUUGUUAUCUGUGUGAUGACUAUGUCCUGAAUGAUAACGCCACAGGAGACCUGAAGCUGCUUCGUAGUACGCUCAGCGCCAUCCAGAGCCAGCGCUAUGAGGUUACUACCCGCAGUGGGCGCACCCUGCGCUCUGCGAGUGCUGCCGUCGAAGCCAUCAUGCCAUGUGGUGCCCGGGAGCUGCAGCUUAGAGACGAGGACAGGAUGUUUACUGCGCUUUGGCAUCGUCGCCGGGCGCUUAUGGGACGUGUCUUUCGCUUCUGGUUUUCAUUGACUGAAUGCGGAAAGAAGAGAGAGGAAGAAGAGAGACAGAGGGAGGAGGAGGAGGAGCAGAAAAGGGAGGCAAGGGAGAGGAGGCGGGCUCUAAAGAGGCAGCUACAGGAGGAGCUGGAGAAUGCCCCUCUCAGGAAGAGUCGCCGGUUACGUAAGAAGAGCCAGAGAGUUGCAGAUGCUGCAGCAACGACACCGUCUCGGAGGUCACGCAACAAGACAAAAAGCCCUGUGCCCCCUCCUCUCACCCGCAGGCCGAGGACUCGUAGCCCUGCCACUGCCACUGCCACUCCCAAGAGAAGUGGACGGACGAAAAAGGUCCAACCACCUCCUAAACCCCGGAGCCGUUCUUCUACCACCAAAUCCAAGCCCAAAACACCCUCAGCAACCCCCCAUUCUGCCCAAACACCUGUUCGCCGCAAGCAGAAUACCAAACAGGGUGGCUCACCUUUUAAAAGGCGCCCUACGGUUACUCCUGGAGUGACGGGUCUGAGGAAUUUAGGUAACACCUGUUAUAUGAACUCCAUCCUGCAGGUGCUGAGCCACCUUCAUGUCUUCAGGGAGUGCUUUCUGCGCCUGGAUCUCACCCAGGCACUGGAGCUACUGGCAUCUGCCGUCCACGGCCAACUGGCAGGGAAGGCCUCGUCCCAGACACCCCUGACCCAAAGGAAGGGAUUCCAGGCCAGCUCAGGCUCUGGGGCAGGGCUGAGUGGCGGGGCCUCCCGGGCCCGUAGCAUGGAGCUGAUACAACCCAAAGAGCCGAGCUCAAAGCACAUCUCUCUCUGCCACGAGCUGCACACCUUGUUCCAGGUGAUGUGGUCUGGCAAGUGGGCGCUGGUAUCACCUUUUGCCAUGCUCCACUCGGUGUGGCAGCUGAUCCCGGCGUUCAGGGGCUACGCUCAGCAGGACGCUCAGGAGUUCCUGUGCGAGCUGUUGGACAAAGUGCAGCACGAGCUGGAGAGCACCGGCAAGCACACGACCACUGCGGGAGUCCCUCAGAAACGACUCAUCAAGCAGGUGCUCAGUGUGGUCAACACCAUCUUUCAUGGCCAGCUCCUCAGCCAGGUGACAUGCCUGGCCUGCGACCAUCGCUCCAACACUGUGGAGCCAUUCUGGGAUCUGUCUCUGGAGUUCCCCGAGCGGUAUCACAGUAAUAGCAGGGAGUCGGCUGCUCAGGCUUCGUGCCAUCUGACGGAAAUGCUGGCCAAGUUCACAGAGACUGAAGCGCUGGAGGGAAACAUCUACGCCUGUGAGCAGUGUAACUCUGCUCGACGGCGGAGCUCUUCCAAACCAGUCCUCCUGACUGAAGCACAAAAACAGCUGAUGGUCCACAAACUGCCUCAGGUCCUGCGGCUUCACCUCAAACGCUUCAGGUGGUCUGGGCGGAACCAUCGGGAGAAGAUCGGAGUCCACGUCAGCUUCGACCAGCUUCUCAACAUGGAGCCCUACUGCUGCCUAGAGCCCUCGCCCAAAGGUGUGCCCUGCUCGAGCCCCAGCAGCCCCAGCUCAGCAGGCUCGCCGCGUCCCAAGCACUUCCUCUACGACCUCUCAGCUGUGGUGAUGCAUCAUGGGAAGGGCUUCGGCUCUGGCCACUACACCUCCUACUGCUACAACACAGAAGGAGGCUUCUGGGUUCACUGUAAUGACUCUAAGCUGAAUGUGUGUUCGGUGGAGGAGGUCUGUCGUGCUCAGGCCUACAUCCUCUUCUACACACAGCGAGUAACUCAGGACAAAGACCGGCCGCUAUAGGACCACAAUCCCCCUCCUCAUCCUCAUCCUCCUCCUCCGCUGCAGCCUGACCACUCAGCGAGACGAUAUCAGCACAGCCCCACCUAUCGCUCUUUCUCUCUUCCCUCUCUUUCUUUGGGCAUUUAUAUCCUGGGAGGAUGGGUGUUUCUAGUCUAUUUUUCUAAAUAAGGAAAAAAAAGAGAGAAAGGACUCCUUUUUAAAACCUGGUUCUGCUUUGUGAACUUCUUGUAUAUGGUGUUUAUAUGUAGGUAUUUUUAAAAGAUGGUGAUCAUGUUUGUGAUUUGUGUACAGGUGUAUUUUAUAAAGAAGAGUAUCAGCCAAGGUGUGUCUCAGUAGCAGCCAACAGACUCAAGUGUCUUCUUACAGGUCAUACAGGUGUAUUCACGUGUCUGCCUACCUGCGUUUGGUGGCUUUGUUGAUUGUAAAUGCUGUUCGUUUUGUUUAAAAUCAGCUGAAAUGUCUCAGUCACUUUAGAUAGACGUCACAGAACUGGAUGUAGGGUUGUAAAAUGUCAUUCACUCGCUAUAAAAUGGCCUCCCUGUGUUGUAGACAGGUAAAGUUUUAAUGGAUGCUAUCAAAGAUGGCUGUGUUUCCUGCCAGAGAUGCACUAAUUUCUACAGAAUAGGCUAUCAGCAUAGUAUUUUUACUGGGUUUAUAGUUGAAGAUCUGUACACAAGCAGGGCAGGAAGUUUAUUUUUCACUCUGAAGUACUCCUGGGUCUGUCAGGAAACAUUGGCAGACCUCAAGCCAAAGCCUUGGGGGAAGUGUAUGGAAAAACCUCUCAGCAUUUCCAAAACGGUUCAACAUUUGCUGGGUGCUUUUUUUUAUUUUUUUUUCUCCCUCUGUCACUGGAGGGGAAAAAAAGUUUCCAAAGGGAUGGGUUGUUUUUUAUUUUUUGGCUAAAUGUUGCCACCUCUCUGCUCCAGAAUGUAAUUGUCUUCAGAGUGCGAACCAUCCCCGAACCACACUAGUGUUCUAGAGAAGUGCCCUUUUGUUGAGAGUAUAUUUUUAUAGCUCAUAUCAGUUCAGCAAAGUUGGAAUCUGCACAGCUGCAGGCCCACCCAGACCAGCAUUUAGAUUAUGAAUGUAUUUUUAUACAGUCCUUCUCAGAGGUUUUAGAAAAGAGGCCAUUGACUGUUUUUUAAAGUUUUUAUACAACCGCUGAUCAACACCACCACCAGCAGGUAUGACUGUUCUCCCACCAGUGCGUAGGUGUGUGUGCAUACUGUAUUUAAUUUACUAUAAUGUUCAGAACAAUAUCCAGAUUCCUGCAGUGUAUACAGAUUGUGAUAUUUAUCUCCAUACUGGAGAAAAUUGUAUUAAGGAAAAAAAAGGUAUUCUCCACCUCAGCCGUGUCCCCUCUCAUCAGAGGGGAAUUCAAAGCACACUUCAUAUUGUCUUUCCUUCAUUGUCAGACGACGUGACACAUUGUUGGCAUUUGUUUUGGUUACUACUCCAUGGAUGUGUGUAUGUGUGUGUGUAAAUUUAUGGAAGUUAUACUAUGCAAAUUGUUACCUCAGUUUUUUCUAGAGAAAAUUACCUCAAUAAAUGAGAAUAUUUUUUCAUUUUUCUACAAAAGAUGCCCGUGUCUUGCUUGUUCCAGUUUUGUACAUGAAGCUAGGUCAACUUUAUUUACCGUAAAAUUUAAGCUAACAGCCUGGGCUAUUAAUUGCUUACACCACUGAACUCAAAGGGCCUAUGUCCCUAUGCCUUUAAAACCUUUCACACAAAACUCAGCAAAGACUGGGAAAUAAAAUAAAAUAGUUUAUUAAACCUGGGUUGACAUUGUUUUCUAUGAAAAACAUGGGGGGAGGUACUUUUUUAUAUUUUUAAUUAUUAUAAAAGUGUUAUUAGAAAAUUAGAAAAAAAACUACAGAAAUGUUGAUUUCAAAUUAUGCUACAGAAAAUAUAUAUUUCAUUUUUAGCAAUGUUUUUCAGGUAGUCAGUUUAAGUUUAAGAUAAGUUUUUAGCUUUUUACUUCUCUUUUUUGCUUAUUUUCAGGCUAUUUCUUGUUUGCUUUUGGUUUUUGCUUUAUUUUGUUAUUUAAUUUUUUACUUUUCCUUUUUGCUUAAUUUCAGGUAAUUAUUCUUGUUUUUUUACUUUUCUUUUUUUCCUUAUUUUCAGGUAAUUUUCUUGUUUGUUUUUCUUUUACUUUUUAUUUUUGGGUAAUAUCUUAAAUAAACCAGUAUACAUAUUACUUGUUUAAAAAUAAGGCUUCAGAUAAUAUAUCAGUUAUGAAUCAUUCGUUAGUUCUAGCUCUGACAGCUCAUCACAGGGAGUAAGUUACGGCACUCGAGGAUUGCGGCACUUGGCAUACCGACACAACACCACUUCAUCCUGUUAAAACAACACUCACAACUUGGAUUAAUUCUUAUGAAAAACCCUUUUGAUUAUUUUGAUCUGAGGACCCUUACAAACAAAAUGAAUAUGAAUAAUUUACAAAGUAAUCAAGGCCUCUGAUGGAGACAGGCAUUUAUUUGUUAAAAUGUGUAGCCACACCAGGCUAGUUUUAUGGUAUGUAGCCCAAAAUCACAAAUUGUAACUAAUAAUAACAGCCUUUUUUACAGCUACAGUUGGUAAUUUUUAUAAAAAUAACUUCGUAAUAUUUGCUGAAACUGUCAAUCUGUCCACUGAAAUAUACAGUGCAUCCGGAAAGUAUUCACAGUGCUUCACUUUUUCCACAUUUUGUUAUGUUUCAGCCUUAUUCCAAAAUGGAUUAUAUUCAUUUUUAUCCUCAAAAUUCUACACACAACACCCCAGAUUUUUACAAAGUUAUUAAAAAUAAAAACUAAGAAAUCACAUGCUGUGAUCACAGCCUUUGCCAUGAAGCUCAAAAUUGAGCUCAGGUGCAUCCUGUGUCCACUGAUCAUCCUUGAGAUGUUUCUACUUAACUGGAGUCCACUUGUGGUAAAUUCAGUUGAUUGGACAUGAUUUGGAAAGGCACACACCUGUUUAUAUAAGGUCCCACAGUUGACAGUGCAUGUCAGAGCACAAACCAAGCAUGAAGUCAAAGGAAUUAUCUGUAGACCUCCGAGACAGGAUUGUCUCGAGGCACAUAUCUGGGGAAAGGUACAGAAAAAUUUCUGCUGCUUUGAAGGUCCCACAGUGGCCUCCAUCAUCCGUAAAUGGAAGAAUUUCGAAACCACCAGGACUCUUCCUAGAGCUGGCCGGCCGUCUAAACUGAGCGAUCGGGAGAGAAGGGCCUUAGUCAGGGAGGUGAC